GAGAAUUUUGUCUUUUACGCCGUGAUGACGGUGCACCUUGGCGCCACUGGGAGCUGGAACGGGUUAAAGGUAUGAGCGUGUGAUUGACCUGAGGGCGAAAAUCCCGACUGAUUUGCAUGUGGAGAACCAAAUUUCCCAACAUAAGACAUCUGUCGGAAAACACUGUUCAUCACUGCUUGCCGCUGAUAAUCUUCUGGAGAAGAGAAGGACCUCUGGACCAUCCGUGCUGACGGAGUUACGUUACCCACCGUCCUUUGCUAGCUGUUCGGAAAUGUGGAGAGAAGGUUUGUGAUUGGUUGAUCCGGAGCAAGGCUAGGCCAAUGAGAGACAGACUUUCCCGGUUCGGCCGAGGAAGUAUCGUCGCCGCUGAUUGGCCGGAGCAGCCGAGGGAGGAAAAUGGCUGCGAGUUCCUCGGUAGUCUCGGUGGCAGCGGCCGCCGCCGCGGUACCAGGCGUGUCCACUAGCGCGGAUUUCUCAGACUUGCGGGAAAUUAAGAAGCAGCUGCUGCUCAUCGCGGGCCUCACUCGGGAGCGGGGCCUGCUCCACAGCAGCAAAUGGUCCGCGGAGUUGGCCUUCUCUCUGCCCGCCUUGCCUUUGUCCGAGCUGCAGCCGCCGCCGCCUCUUACAGAGGAGGAUGCCCAGGAUGUGGACGCUUACACCCUGGCUAAGGCCUACUUUGAUGUUAAAGAGUAUGAUCGGGCAGCACAUUUCCUGCAUGGCUGCAAUAGCAAGAAAGCCUAUUUCCUGUAUAUGUAUUCCAGAUACCUGUCUGGAGAGAAAAAGAAGGAUGACGAAACAGUUGAUAGCCUAGGACCCCUAGAAAAAGGACAGGUGAAGAACGAGGCCCUCAGAGAGCUGAGAGUGGAGCUCAGCAGGAAGCACCAGGCCCGGGGACUCGAUGGGUUUGGCCUUUACCUGUACGGGGUGGUGCUUCGGAAACUGGACUUGGUGAAGGAGGCCAUUGAUGUGUUUGUAGAGGCUACUCACGUUUUGCCUUUGCACUGGGGAGCCUGGUUGGAGCUGUGUAACCUGAUCACAGACAAAGAGAUGCUGAAGUUCCUGUCUUUACCCGACACCUGGAUGAAAGAAUUCUUCCUGGCUCAUAUAUACACAGAAUUGCAGCUGAUAGAGGAGGCCCUGCAGAAGUAUCAGCAUCUCAUUGAUGUGGGCUUUUCCAAGAGCUCAUACAUCGUUUCCCAGAUCGCAGUUGCCUAUCACAAUAUCAGAGAUAUCGACAAAGCCCUUUCUAUUUUUAAUGAGCUGAGGAAACAAGAUCCUUACAGGAUUGAAAAUAUGGACACAUUCUCCAAUCUUCUUUACGUCCGGAGCAUGAAGUCUGAAUUGAGUUAUCUGGCCCAUAACCUCUGUGAAAUUGAUAAAUACCGAGUAGAAACAUGCUGUGUAAUUGGCAAUUAUUAUAGCUUACGCUCCCAGCAUGAGAAAGCAGCCUUAUAUUUCCAGAGAGCCCUAAAGUUGAAUCCUAGGUAUCUCGGGGCCUGGACAUUGAUGGGGCAUGAGUACAUGGAAAUGAAAAACACAUCUGCUGCUAUCCAAGCUUACCGACAUGCCAUUGAGGUCAACAAGAGAGACUACAGAGCUUGGUAUGGCCUUGGGCAGACCUAUGAAAUUCUUAAGAUGCCGUUUUAUUGCCUUUAUUACUAUAGGCGGGCCCACCAGUUACGUCCCAAUGAUUCCCGUAUGCUGGUUGCCUUAGGAGAAUGUUAUGAGAAACUCAAUCAACUAGUGGAAGCCAAAAAGUGUUAUUGGAGAGCAUAUGCUGUGGGAGAUGUGGAGAAAAUGGCUCUCGUGAAGCUGGCGAAGCUUCAUGAACAGUUGACUGAGUCAGAGCAGGCUGCCCAGUGUUACAUCAAAUACAUCCAGGAUAUCUAUUCCUGUGGGGAAGUAGUGGAGCACUUGGAGGAGAGCACAGCCUUCCGCUAUCUGGCGCAGUACUAUUUCAAGUGCAAGCUGUGGGAUGAAGCUUCAACUUGUGCCCAGAAGUGUUGUGCAUUCAACGAUACCCGGGAAGAAGGUAAGGCUUUGCUCCGCCAGAUCCUCCAGCUGCGAAACCAAGGGGAGGCAGCCAGCACUGACACGCCGGGCACCUUUUUCCUCCCUGCCUCACUGUCUGCAAACAACACUCCCACCCGCAGAGUGUCUCCACUCAACCUCUCUUCAGUCACUCCGUAGUUGACGACACUCAAGUCAGCUAGACCAGUAUUAAGCCUUACCUCCAGUAAAGAACGGCCACAUCUGUUCUCCCAAGGA